UUUAAACUGAUUGGUGGAUUUGUCUUCAGCAUGCAAGAGGUUCUGUGUCUUCUGUGAUGUCAUCAUUCUGUCACUCUGAUCUAGGAUUAAAGCUUAAAGGGUGAUUCACUAGGCAGUGUAAUGUAGGGUAAUGCCCUGCUACUACAGAACUAACUUACUGAUCUGCGCGAGUGAAAACGUCAGCACAGCUUGGAACUGUUUUUUUCUUGAUGAAUACAAACUAAAGUUUCAGUGAUUUUCAAAAAAAAAAAAAAUGAGUCACAACAAACAGAACGUUACGUCUUCUGAAACCACAGAGUGCUCCAUGAACACAGACAGCUCUGACAAAAUUAAAGCAGAAAAUGAAGCUUUAACUCAAGAACAUGAGGCACUCCAGAAGGAGCUUCAAGGCCUGCAGGAAACACUCGGAAAUAAAACGGAGUUAGAGGAAAACUGCGAGGCUCUAAAGAAGUUCAAUGAAGAAAUGAAGGAAAAGUGUACAGAGAUGAAAAAAGAAAUCCAGAGACUCAAGGAGGAGCAUAAGCACACCACAUAUUUAAUUGAGUGUUAUGACUCUGAAAAAGAAAUCUUGGCCAACACUCAAGAAGAGUGUGGCAACUUGCAAAAAGAGAUUGAGAAGCUUCAGGACAAUAUUGAAGAAGCAAACACUUUACUCAGAGAAAAGUGCAGCAAUGACCCGAUGGAGGCUCUGAUGACUCAAAGCUGGAAUUUGUGGCAGGAGCGGCAAUGUCUCUUUGAACAAUAUUAUUACCAUCCGAAUCGAGAAACACUGGAGACGGUGAGGAACUUAAAAAAAGAAAAUGAGGACUUGGAAGCUCAAAUCAGUGACAUUAGGAACAAUGUCCAGGUGAGAAGAGCUUUAGAAGAGCUUAAAGCUGAGGAGAAAGUCCUGCAGGAACACAGCAGAAAAAUUUCAAUAACACUAGCUGGCGUCUCCACAAAGUUUGAAAUUGAAGAAGAUUGGAGACAAAAAUAUCUUGUGCUGAGGCACCAGACAGAUGCCUUAAAGCACAGAAAUGAAGAAGCAGCUCACCAAAUUCAGAUCAUCAAUGAGAAUUUAGAGGAUUUAGCUGCUGCUAAGCGGUCUUAUAAGACUCUGAAAGCAGAGAAAAACUACAUGACGAGUCAAAAUAGGACUCUGGAGAGAGAGCUAGAAGGGCUACGGUCAAAGCUCCGAAAAGAACAAUCUUGGGUGGAAAAAAAUAACAAUCUCAGAGCUGAGAUUGAAGCUCUCAGCCUGACAGCUCCCGCUCUGCAAGCUGAAAUCACGGAGUUGCGCGAAAACCUCCAAGGGGAAAGAGUUGAGCUAAUCUAUGAGUCAUUGAAGGCUGAAAAAAAAAACAUUAGUCAGCACAACAACCUCAUGGAAAAAGAACGGGAUAAACUGAUAAAGCAAUUGAAAAAAGAAAAAGCUCUCAAAGAGAAAUGUGCACCAAUGAGAGCUGAGACAGACGAUCUUAGAAGACAACAAGAAGCCCUAAAAAGGGAACUCAGUGAUCUUGAGUCAAGAAGAAUCUUUUCUGACUAAAUGCUCAACAAAACCAUGUAGACCUCUGGUUUUAUAUUUGGGCCAUCUCAAAAAUGAUCUUAAAUUAGCAGUUCAUUAAAAUUAGUUAAGCAACUACCCAACCAGUCGCAGCAGAUGGCUGCCUCUUCCUGAGCCCGGUUCAGCUGGAGGUUUUCCUCCCCACUGUCGCCACAUGCUUGCUCAUAGGAGGUUGUUUAAUUGUUGGGGGUUUCUGUAUAAUACUGUAUGAUCUAAUAAUGUGUGUGUGACAGAGAUGAGGAUUGGACAUUUUUGAAAAUACAGAACAAAUCGUGUCCGGUAUCAGUUCAAUACGGGACGCAACACUUAAUUGCCAAAUAAAGGACAAUUCUGUAUUUUACGGGGCAGGUGGCAACCCUACCUGGUGCCUAUGUUCUAGAACGGCGGUUUUCAAAGUGUGAGGCGCGCCUCCCCUAGGGGGCGCCAGAGCACUUUAGGGGAGGCGCGGUGCGAGGGAAAAAAUAAACCGGGAAAAGAAGCUAUCUGCUUGCUGUCUACUGAUGUGAGAGAAAGAAUGGACAAAUAAGAUGUGAAAACACUGUUGGUAUCUCAAACAUUAAACUCAGAAUCUCAGAUGUAACGUUUGUUUGAGAAAACGGUUGAAAAAUGAGUUUGGGGUUGUUCUUAUCAUUAGAAAAAUGAAAAAAGGGCGUAUUUGCCAUACAAAAGCCCUGAUAAAAUAAUUAA